GUCAGAUAUUUUUAUCGUCGCAGCGCGUCUUUCUUCGCCACCGACGAGAGCCAUUCCCGCCGCCCCCACGCGCCACCGCCUCAACUCCGAUCGCACCCGCCACCACCGCGCUCAGCUCACAUGUGACCGCCUGGAAACACCACCACCACCUAAUUCCCCGAAACCGCGCCAUGUCCUCGCACGAGCAAGCCAUAGUCUCUCUCCUCUCUAACUUCGCCCUCUCGUUCGACGGCGCCGUCCUCGGCCUGACCCUCGCUUACGCCGCCGUCCGCACGAUCGUCAAGUUCACCUCCAGCUCCUCCGCUCUCCGCAAGCUCCGGGACGCCCCGUCGGCCCGAGUCUCCGACCUCCGGUCCGUGCUCUCCGUCGAAGGCGGUUCCGAUUCGGAGUCCGAUUCGUCGAGCCGGUCGGGAACGGAGGAGCUCGUGAUCGUGCGCGGACUCGUGGAGGCGAAAUCGGCUGUCGAAGGAGGGACGUGGAAGAGCUUGAGGCAGAAUGUCUUGGUCUCGCAGGACUCCGGCGAUAGGGCGGUGAUCGUACAGAGGACUCAAACUUGCAUAUACAAUGAGUGGAAGGGAUUUUUUGGAUGGACUUCGGAUCUACGCGCUAUCUUGUCAAGAUCCUUGCGAGAAAGAAAAUCCUCAUCACUAAGAACGGUUCCUUUUGUACUCGUUGAUGGUAGUCAGUGGCCGGCAGCGGAUUAUGUUGUUGUGAACAUGGAUGGUUCAAAGCAUCAUCUACCUCUUACCACAGUAUAUCACCAACUGCAGCCGAUUAAUGCUUCUCCUUACACAUUCCUUCAGGCACUUUUUGGUCAUGAAUACCCUGUUGGACUGCUUGAUGAGGAGAAAAUUCUUCCAAUAGGAAAGGACAUCAGUGCUGUUGGCCUUGGCUUUUUGAAAAAUGGAAUUCCGGAGAUCAAGUCAUGCAAUGAUCUUCCAUAUUUUCUUACCGAGAUGACAAAAGAUCAGAUGGUGAUUGAUCUUGCCUUCCGGACAAAGAUACUCUUCUGGAGUAGUAUUCUUCUUGGAUCGGCUUCAGUUGGUAUCCUUGGAUUUGCUUUUGUAAGAAAUUGGAACAGAUGGAAAGAGUGGAGGCAGCGUAGACGGGAUGAGCAACAGCAGCAGAGCCAUGCUGCAGUCGAUGAGCCCAACACUCACAUAGCAGAGGAUGAAUUGGGAGAUGUACCAGAUGGACAGUUAUGUGUAAUUUGUCUCAUGAGGAGGAGGAGAUCCGCUUUUGUUCCAUGCGGUCAUCUUGUGUGUUGUCAGCGAUGUGCAUUAUCCGUGGAACGGGAGGUUUCACCAAAAUGCCCUGUUUGUCGGCAGUCGAUCUCCAAUUCAGUCCGGAUCUAUGAUUCUUGAGUAUAAUAUUGAUUCUGUUUCUGUUAUUUAAGGGGUGGGAAGACGAAAAUGUUAGCUUUUCUUCCUAUAGAUAUUCUCAGUAAAAGAGCAUGCCCAUCCUUUAAUGGAGAAACCACAGUGAACUGGUGAUUAUUUCUUGUGUAAACAAGUAACGAUGCUUAGUAGGUCUCUCCUACCGUGAUUACGGUAUCGUUCUGUAAAUUGAGCCUUGUUAAUUCUUUGGACAUUUACCAGAAGGCAAAUCAGGAGGAUGUAAUUCGUGCUAUUGAUUGGACAUGA